AUGCAUACCUUAUUCAAGCUAUAUCGUUUUGAAAUAGGUGACUUUUAAUUGAUUGCAUAAAUCACAUAAAAUAGUAAGAAACGGGUAGAUACUGUCGCUGAAUUAACUCUUCGAUCUGCAGCAAAGCAAACUCGGCUACUUUUUAAUGAAUACUAUUCCUUCACCUGAGCAUCCCGGCAAUCCAAAAUGGGAAAAGUUCCAUGCUUGGAAUACAAUGAAGCAACCAAAAAGCAUUCAAUAUGUGAAAACUCAAGAAGAAUCUCUACAAGAAGCAUUUGAGAGAUUUGGUUUGACUCCAGAAGACGGAUCCGGUUGGGGAGACUCAUCCGCUGCGGUAGAUGUAGGUUGGGGAACGCCACCACAAUCUGAAAAAGGUGGAUGGUAAUAGAAGUAAUUGAAUCAUCGUAGUAUUACUUUAUUUUAUACAGUGUCUUGAAGCUUAAUUUAUCAAAUGGUUGAAAACUCUGUCCACUGUUUUGAAUCGGUCACGUAUUUUGAAGCUAAUUUGUCUGCUUCUUUGAAAUAAAAUUGCCAGCCGAUCUGUAGUCAAAUGACUAAAUGACUAUAAAUCUUUUAUUGAGACAUGUACAAAAAACGCUUAUGGAAUGUUGAAGCAAAUUUUGUUAAUGUUCAAUUGUAACUAAGUGUGCUGCUCCUUAUCUGCCCAUGCUCUUCUCUCUAUACUUUACUUUUCUCUUGUAAACUCAGCCAUCAUCUUUAUCUGUUGUAUAAGUCAUAGUACUUAUCACACGUGAACAAGCCAUCUGCAUGUCAUAUUAUCAAUUAUGCGACGAGAAAAAAGCCCACGAU